AUGGUUGAGGAGAAAAGUGAUGUGCCAAAAGAGGUCGAGGAGGAUUCUGCUGGGGAGAUGACAUGGCAGCGCCCAGAUUUCGAUAAACUCCGAAUUGCUGCCCUGUUAAAACAUCCUCAUAGAAAGAAGCGAGUGCAUUCGGCGUCCUAUAGCCACUCAGGCGUGAAUGGUCUAACCAUAGACGGCAUCCCCUCCGACGUUCAAGCUUUGACGACCGCUCUCAGACGGGCACACGUUAGUUCAAAUCGUGUGCCGUAUGGAAAGAAUAGCCGAAAGUCAAGAGACGGAAGAAGAAUACCUAGCAAACGAGGCGGUAAGCGCCAAGAUCCGACCGACGUUCUCGACGAGAUAGAAUUAGAUCACAAAGAUCCCGAUUACGACUCAGACGCUAACGACCCGGUGACAUUAGAAACACUAAGCCCUGCACCGUCCGACCAAGAAUUCGAGCGUGCGUUUGAGUCUUUGCUGAAGGAAUUUUUCAUCCAUGGAAAAACGCAGGAGGUUGUGGUGAGUUUCAUUUCGUUUUCUGCAUAA